AUGCGGUUCCCAGAACAUAACGUAACCGUUGAGUAUCAUAGAACACCAUUUCUGGUCGUGGUUGCUAGGCCACCUGAAAACUCACCGGAAGAUGUCAAGAUGACUGUUAGAGUCGAUGAGUUCAACUGGCAGUCUAAAAGAUGGGUCGGAGGUUGUUAUUUUCAGGAGGGAGGUAAACUGAACAAGACAAUGGGAGUAAUGGAGGGGUUUAAGAAGUCUUUAAAGACAUGGAAGUCAUGGGUCUUAGAGAAACUAGAUCAUGAGUGUAGUUAUGUCUUCUUCAGAAGCUUCUCUCCUGUGCAUUACAGGAAUGGGACAUGGAACUUAGGUGGUUUGUGUGACGCAGAUACAAAUCCAGAGACUGAUAUGAAGAAGAUGGAACCUGAACCUAUUCAAAACACUUAUGUCUCUGAAGUAAUACAAGAAAUGAGAUAUGAACAUAGUAAGGUUAAGUUUCUGAACCUUUAG